AUGAAGUUCAUCGCCGUAGCCACGACUGCAGUAGCCGUUCUCAUCAGUGGCGCCUCAGCCCUAUACGCUGACAAGACCUGUUCGGACCUGGUUCUGGACCCAAGCAACGAAGUCCUAACAGCAAACUGUAACGACAAGAAAGGAAACUCUGUCCCCAACACUUUCGACUUGAAUACUUGCUUCGGCUAUGACUCUUCAAGCAACAGCAUCUUCAAUCUAGGCUCAAACUUCGGCGCAUCGUGCAAUAACUGCUACCUCGAAGACCGUCUGGUAGAUGAAUGGGAGGCCAUCUGCAAGAUUAUGAUCUGCAAUUGUAACGGCCACGAGGGAGUUGAAGUGAACUUACGUGCUGCCGAACACCUCGGUAAUAUUGACGGGACCUUGACGUGUUGCCAAUAUGCGUGCUAGAGGAGCGGCUCCUCGAUCGCUGAGGAAGCUGUAAAUACGCGACGUUUGAUAUAAAUGAUAGGAUGGCCUUGUGAUUAAGAGGUAAUCAGCGGACGAGAUUACGAGCCUGUACAUAAAUGUCAAUGUAUAUAUGCAUAAAUGAAAAAAAGGUGUUAGGUUAAUCUUGUCAUUACACUGACCGGGCUGCAACUGUGGCGAAGUUCCGAAGAUAUUACUUGAAGAUUUUGGGGCAUAUGAAGAAAAAACAGAACCGACUGUUUCAUUUUGAAGA